AACGAUCAAGUACUUCCGAGUCCGGCCUUAGGCCUUCCUGGCUUCAGGCCUCAGGCAUAUGCUUCGGGUUUGCCGCCUACUUUAUAUUGACCUUGCUCCCGACGUUGCUCCUCCAUUCCCCGCCUAGUGUGUACUUUAUAUGCUGGUGGGAUCUGUGACCAUAAGUAACCUUGAAGGUCAGUGAGCACAUUCGAGAGGUACGCCUUCGAAUUCUCCUACUCAUUGUGGACUAGUUCAUAUUCAAGGUGGGACGCAAUGUACAGCACGGACUUCAACCUCGUCAACGUCUUCCCUCCACCACUGGUAUCCCAUUAUGGACUGUUAUGACUUCGUCAAUGAGUAUCCCGGGCCAGCAGACAUGCUUCCGGAUAUUCCCCUAGUCCAAUACAGACAUUCAGGAGAUACUACGCACGGAGGCCACUCGGAGUUUCAGCCGACGUUGGUGAGCAUUUGGGUCGGUCGCAAGCAGAGCAAGUUUUCUUACGUGAUUAUGCAGCCGGACGAGCCAGCGAAUAAGGUCGAAGAGGACAUCGUUGUAUCUGUCAGCACGGUCUUCGGGCCAUCAUCCAAGCUCAUACCCACUCCAGCGGAUAUUGUGCUGAGAUCUUCCGAUAACGUCUUCUUCUAUGUUCACACCUCCCGUCUCAAUGAGACCUCAGAAAAUGCGUUCAAUGCUCUGCUGGUUUUGAGAACGUCGGACAUAUUGUCCCUGCCUGAAGACGCCAUCGUCUUGAACCUAGUCCUUCACUGCAUCUAUAACCUUUCUUUCAGUCACUACUUUCCUUCUCUAGACAAUGUUCUUAUAGCUGUCAAUGCCAUGAAGAAGUAUGGCAUGCCCUUAAAUCGUUAUGUUGCUCGUGGAACGGCCCUCUUUAGACAGAUCGUGUCUCAGGCACCUCUCCAACCCAUUGAGGUCUACAUGGUGGCGGCUGAGAAUGACUUAUUCGAUCUCGCGGUGGAAGCUUCCUCGAACCUCCUCGCAUUCCCUUUGUUCAGGAUUGAUGAUGAUAUGGCUGCGCGUAUGGGUCCACAUUAUCUCAAGCGACUUUUCUUCCUUCACAUGCGCAGGUCACAGCUUUUACAAAGGUUGCUAUUCCAACCUCCUAGCGAACAUGCCCCUACACUUGACUGCGGGUUUGUGGAACAGAAGCGAGUGGCCAGAGCUUGGGCUCUGGCAUCCACCAGUUUCACUUGUGAAGUUUGUUCAGGUAGGCUCCUUGUGACCAUCGUGCGACUUGAGCUCAUUAUGUUCUGUGCAAUAGAUCUCUCUCCUGCAGUUUUGCAAUCUGUGUUGGGUUCUCUUCAGCAUGACAUAUCGUGUGGACAAUGCAAAGAAGCAGUGGCUGAACGUGUGAGGGAUAUUGUUCAAAAGUGGACUAUCACGCCGGUGUGUCUCUAUCUCACUACCACGGACUGUGACUAAGCAAUAAUUUAUAGAGGACGAUUUCACCCAGCCUCCGAGAUUUCGAUGCCAUUGAUCAACGUUCGCCAUGAAGAAGAGGGUCUGUUAAUUCUUGCUUUGUAUAGUUUUCGAGACUGUUCUCGCCUUCUUGGGGUGUGUUACAUUUCCUCCAUGGUUAGUUUUUAUUGGAAUCCUGGAAUUGGUACCUUCAUCUAUGAAUGGGAUAUUUUUCGAAACUCAAUUCAGACGCACU